AUGUCCAUCUAUAAAGUGGGUAUGAACAGAAAAAUAUCUACGAAUCCCAAAUUGGCAUAUGGCGAUAGGUACCUGACAAUAAAAACUAAAAAGUUUCAGUCUGUCACGAAACUUCUAAAACUAGUAACUUCCGGUGAUAUUGAGUUCUACAGAAGAACACUUAUUAACGCAGUUGAUAAGGCUAAACCCAGGCGCAAUGACACUGAGGGUGAUAUCGAAAGUGAUGUCGAUGUUUAUGAAUAG